AUGUCGAAACGGCGGGUACUCCGUUGGCCUGCCCGCCGUACAGCUGGGCUAGGGUGUCUGGCCCUGGUUCUUACGUCGCUCCUCUCUCUGAUGAUGUACACGAAUCGGGCAAUGGAACCAGAACCUAGUAGCCCGGAACCAGUCUACGGCGAGGUCAUGCGACAACUUUCUGAAAUCACCAACAACUACGCCAAUUCUACGAAAAUCGGACUCGUGUUGGCCGCGACGCAGACAGAGGAUUUGAAUUGGCUACUCAACUACUGCAGGGACCAUGGAACAACCCCCUUCGUCUACACCACCGACGCCACGCCCGAACCUCACCUACUCGUCCCGCGGACCACGCGCGGUCGCGAAGCCACCGCAUACCUUUCCUUCGUGGUUGACUACUACGACCAUCUCCCGGACUACUCGAUCUUCAUCCACUCGAAUCGUGACCAGUGGCAUAAUGACCUGUUUGGACCUCGCACGAGUUCCGCACUACCCCAUCUACGUCUCGAGGCAGUGGACGCGCAAGGUUACGUCAACCUGCGCUGCGAACACGAGCCCGGCUGUCCGACUAACGUGCACCCGUGGAGUCCAACCAAGAUUGAUAUUGAAAAGGACGAUAUCCGUGCGUACUUCCCGCAGGUGUACCAGACACUGUUCAACGUGGGCAAGGAGAAAGUGCCGGAGCAUAUUGGGAAUGUCUGCUGUGGACAGUUUGCCGUGAGUCGGCAGCGUAUCCGACAGCGGCCGCGGUAUGACUACGAGCGCAUGUUGAAGUGGGCGGCCGAGACGGAGUUGACGGAUAGUUUUGGAGUGGGGUGGGUAUUUGAAAAAGUGUGGCAUGUCGUUUUUGGGAUGGAGGAUAUCUACUGCCCCCGCUACGAGCAAUGCCGUUGUGAUACAUACGGAUGGUGUGGACCGUUGCCAUCGGGCGAAACACUGCAGGCAGUGCGGGCCCCCACCGGCAAGCAUCAGUGGAGUUAA